AUGGCGAUCCUCGCGCGGAUUUCAGAGACAUUCUACAACACGGUCUUUCGCAAAAACGCCGUUUUCUUGACCAGCGUGUUUGCCGGUGCUUUCUUGUUCGAAAUCGGAUUUGAUACUGCCACGAACAAGUUAUGGGACAGCUGGAACCGAGGACGGCAAUGGAAGGAUAUUAAGCACAGAUACAUGACUGCGGGCGAGGACGAGGAAGAGGAGUGA